AUGGACGUGUACUAUAAAUUAUCUUUCAUAUUAGUGUCCUCUCUCUGUGUUGCAGGCGCCCUAACAACACGUAGGAUAUCACAAAAAGGUGACCUAUUGAAUGAAAUAAUUGAUAUUCUAAGAGGAUAUCAAAAUCAACAAUCUUUGAAGUCAACUGGAUAUGUACCGUCAAAGGUAGUAGAAGCAAAGGGGAAAGUUUGUUCGGAGAACGAAGAAGAAGCCGAGAGACAAACGGUUCAUAUUGAUGGACAUAACGAAAAACCCGACGAUUUAUGCAUCAACAAGAAGCAGAAGGAAGACGAUGAAAGAGAUCGAAGACCCCCACAGGUGUAUGGAAUCAGAAAGGUUGCAGCACAUGAGAAAAGAAAUUUCGGAAUCUCAAGGAAUCCUUUGUGGAAAAACAAUAUCAUUCCAUAUGAUAUUGAUACGAAAUCGUUUGGUCCUAGGUUAAGCAAGGCUGUCGAUAUCAUCCAGAAAACAGCUUAUAAUAUCUCUCAAACUACAUGUGUGAAAUGGAGACUCAAGACAAAUGAGGAUAAAUAUUUCAUCAAAUUUAUUGGAUAUAAAUAUAAAGAUGACGGAUGCUGGUCAUAUGUUGGAAAUCAGAGCUAUGAAGGGGGACAAGAGCUACUACUUAGCGAGGAAUGUCUAGAU